GCGAUUUUCGGGGUCAAAAUCGCUCGGGCGCUUGAACCCUUUCAAAACAAGGCUUUAACCCUUGUCCGUCUUCAAUGCAUUACAUUAACAACGAAAUCAGACUUAUUCAAAAUCGCUCAAAAAAACUUUUUUGAGGGAAAAUAACGACUAUGCAUCACAGGAAAGAAACUAACGUCAAAAAGAGGACACUGAAAUACUGGAUACUGCGCAAAAGAAGAGUAGCCCUUGACGAGAGAUUGAUCGAAGAUUGUUCCCCCAGUUUCUGAAAAUCAAUUUUUUUUUUAAUCGAGCCGACUUUUGAGAAUAAUCCCAUCUACUUGUGACGGCUAGCUGUCCACAGUAUGCGUUUUAAACUAUCUUGUUUGAUGAAUUGUUUGGUGGUAGUGCCUGUGAUCUGUGCACUUUUGCUAUAUUUAAAAUCAACACAAGAUACUGAGAACAUUUGCUGGAAAAUUCUAUCAAAUUGUAGAAUGCGUGCUUUCUCUGAUGAGCAGCAAAUAACAGAGGAGAAAAAUGCAAAAAAGAGGACACCAACAAUAGAAAAAAAACGCCUUUUAGAUAUGAAAAAUAACUUAAACGAACCUUUGAAAGUUAAUGUAACGAGCUUAGUUCUUAAGGAACUGCAGGAAGGAUUUUUUGCCGCGGUCCGUGAAGGCACACAAAGAGACUCGACUUUGGAUACCACCGUCUGCGUUUCGGAGCCAACAGUCUUGGAGUGUAUGGACAUUGGAUUUGGUGCCUUGCUAUUGGCCACUUUAGAUCACGUGUUGUACUGCCGCAUGUUGGGAAUAGAUAAGAUGACCAUUUUCUGGAAGAACUGUCAGACGUGUUGUGUAAAAGAUCCUCAAGAAAAUUCCUGGCCAGCUUACUUCGAGCCUUUAAACACUGAAGCUGAACUGAACGCCAAGAAGGUUCUUUGCCUAGGAGGCAUUAUUGUGGGAAAAGUCCUUGUACGCGAAUAUGCCAAGUUACCUCGUUUCAAUGAAGAAAAAAAAUAUCAAGCUAAGGGAAUCUUGAGAAGUUCUCUAUUAGACGUUGGGUUUAGAAAACGGCAAAGUUUGCCAGGUUACGAGGAAGGCGCGAUUAUAACACCACAACUAAGGAAAUGGGUCCAUGAUAUCAUACGCGAACAUGUUCGACCCCAGGAAAGUAUUCAGUCGCGUAUGAACCAGUUUUACAUGGAACAUAUGCACGGAUAUAACAUGCUAGGCGUUCACGUGCGUGGAACAGACCACGCAAUGGAGAUGGAGGAGAAAAAAUUACCCGCAAUGGAGAAGUGGAUUCAAGAUGCAGAGACAAUAUUCAAAACCCUUGAGGAGCCCAAGAAAAUAUUCUUGGCUGGAGACAAUAACGAGAUUAUUGACCGAUUUGUAGGAUAUUUUGAAAAGGAUAAGGUUGUGUACACCUCAGCCAUAAGAGCUAACAAAUACCAGUCUCUCAAUCCAAUCAACGGUCAAGUAAAAGAUAUCGAUCCCAUCGAAACUGGUUCCCAGGUUCUCAUUGAUAUACUCCUCCUGGCCAAAUGUGGACAUUUUCUUCAUGCAGAGUCAAGUGUGGCGACUUUAGCGUCUUUUUUCAACCCGGAAAUGGAACUUCACUUUUUAGGAAGCCUUGAAGAGAACGGAACAUUCGAAGCGGUAAGUAAUCAAAAAAUCUCAGGUAGGACCAUUCCGUCAAUACCUGAAGUUUCUUUAAAACCAGUCUCAGACUUUUCUGAAGCUACCAUUGCGGACUCUAGUCAGCGGGCUACGUCUCUUUGGCUCUGCUUCACGAACAUCUCUGCCUCGCGGGCUUCUUCCAGAGUUAUCAAGAGUCGGCCCAGCUUGCUUCGUUUUUCUGGUUUAGUUUGCGAGUGAUCUGUCAUAUUUGUCCAAUAAUAAAGCAUGUCUUUCUUAGCUUAUCCUAAUGGCUAUUUAUUUCUGAUUAACGGUUUUUUUGUUUGUUUUUUUGUUCGUUUUCGUUUGUUUGUUUGUUGUUGUUUUUUUUUUUGUUUUUAUUUUCUUUGUCGUAACUUGUGCCAUUGAAUUAGGAUAAAUGUAUUGGCAAGAGACCAUCGUUAUUCAUAGCCUGAGGGAGGAGGAAGGAUUUUGGGGAUCACAUUGUUUUCAGCGUGAACGAAGGGGGAAUCCGUGGUCGCCAUCAGAGUGUAAAGGAGGGGGGGGGGCUAUAGAAAAUUAACUGCCAAUGAGGGGGGACCGUUGUUAUAAGAAUAUUACAGUCUGAGAAAGCUCCUGUUACAAAAUGGUUUUCCUCAAGGUAUUAUCACAUUCAACAUUAAUGAUGUCUUGAACAAAAAUACGAACAAACCAAAUAAAUAACCCUGUUCAAGCUACAGUCCCCAAAAAAGAUAUCUUAGUUGUGUUACCCCACUUAGGUCUUCACAGUAACCAAGUCACGAAACGUCUGAAAUCCUGCGUUUACAAUUUCUACUCUUUCGUCAAUCUCAAGAUCAUAUUCCAAAACACACGCCGCAUCAAAUCCUUUUUUCCUUACAAAGAUAGCUUGAACCGAUCUCAAAGGUCCAAGGUUAUCUAUAAAGCUGGUUGCUGGAAUUGUGAUGAGUUCUACACUGGCAAAACAAAACGAAGACUCCAUCACAGGAAAACAGAACAUUUUAACGCCCUAGCUAAAGGUGACCAUUCAUCAGCCAUUGCUGAUCGUGUGAAGACUACUGGUCACAACAUUAAAUGGGAUCAUUUUGACUUUUUAGCGUCGGGAAAAACUGACUUUCAUUAUAAAAUUAAAGAGACUUUGUUCAUUCAAGAACGAAAGCCUUCCCUUAAUGUCAAUGUUAGUAGUGACAAGUUGUUAUUUUAGCCAGUACUUCUCAUUAGUCUAGACAUGUACUGCUGUAGAUUCUUUUAGUCUCAGUCUAGGUUCCAGACCUCUUACAUUCAUUAUAUAUAGUUUUCAACAAUUGUAACCGUUUACUUUUGAAAAUGUAUGUUGACUAGCAUACGAAACGUUAAGUUCUGUAUAAAAUGCAUUGGAAUACAAUGUUUAUCACCGCUGUUUGUCUUGUUUUCUUAAUCAAGCUACGAUGGCCUAAGAACAAGAGUUUAUAUGAUUACAGAGUCAUUUUAGGAGAUCAUU